CGCUAGAAUAUCUGCAAAUAGAAGAAAAAUCCUUGAGAUAACAUGGAGGAAGACGUUUGAAAUCCAGAUCGGAUGACUUGAAAUUAAAAAAUGUCAACGGUUUUAAAUCGAAAUAUCGCAAUGUGUCUCCUAUUACAAAGCAUAAACGUGAUUUUAACUUACGGAAAUUUCUUACAAACGAUGACUUCCGACAACUUUCAAUGUCCUCAACAUCCCGAUAAUACCGAAAAAAAUGAUUAUAAUUUUUUGUAUGAUUAUUUAUCGGGAACUGGAUAUCAUAAUUUCAACGAUUCCGUUACGAUCGGGUUUCUUGGGGCUUACGGACAAGCUCAAGUCGCGUUGGGAGCUUUACCAUUAGCAAUAGAUGCAGUUAAUGAAGAUAAAGAUUUGCUUCCUGGAAGAAAAUUAAUAUACAUCGCAGCGGAUAUUGGUACGAAUCCCGCUGGGUCCGGUCUGGCUCGAACUGAUUCAUCGUUAGCGACCAGGGCCAUUAGAAUAAUGACCGAAAUGAGGGAUAAUGGCACCGUUGCUUUCAUUGGUCCGGAUGACACGUGCUCAUCAGAAGCUUUGGUGGCUGCAGCUUGGAAUUUACCAAUGAUUUCAUAUAAAUGUGGCGAUAAGCGUGUAUCGGAUAAGAGAGUGUUUCACACCUUUGCGAGAACGUUACCUUCAUCCAGGAAGGUUUCAAAGAGCGUCGUAGCACUUCUCAAAGCUUUCAGCUGGGAUAAAUUUGUCGUCGUUUCCGGAUCUACUCCAGCGUCUGGUAGUGAAGUACAAGAAUCUAUAGAGGAAUUGUCAAGAAAACAUGGUUUAACUAUAACUGAUAUAAAAAAAUAUUCCGAUUAUAUUCCCAGUCAUAUUCGAUUUAUGGAAGAAAUUGUGGAUGAAACGUACCAAAAAACGAGAGGUAAGACACCGCGUUCGCAGACUGAUUUCAAACAUGCACCUUCGAAUAACAUUUGUAUAUUGCAACAAUGA